AUGGCGUGCAUGAAACUGGGAUCCAAAUCUGAAGUGUUUUACCUCGAUGGCCAGAGUUGGCUCUGCUCAACUGGACUUCCGAGUGAUGUCAUUAUUGAAAUUAAGGAGACAUCCUUCCAUCUCCACAAGUUUCCACUGAUAUCAAGAAGUGAAGUCCUAGAAAGCUUUAUGAAAGAAUUAUCAAGUGAAAAUGAAAAGUCUGUUUUGGAACUUCAUGACUUACCAGGGGGAGCCAAGGCCUUUUUGCUUGUCGCUAAGUUCUGUUAUGGUGUUAAAAUGGAGUUGACUCCAUUAAAUGUGGUUACUCUCCGAUGUGCAGCUGAGUACCUGCAAAUGACUGAGGAUUAUGGAGAGGGAAACCUGAUCAUACAAACGGAAAAUUUCCUUAAUCACAUAUUUGGUUAUUGGACAGAUGCUCUCAAAGCUCUUAAAACAUGUGAAGAGGUUUUAACUUGUGCUGAAGAGCUUCAUAUUGAUUCACGAUGCAUAAAUUCUUUGGUGUUGAAAGCUGCUGAUCCAAGUUUGGUUAAUUUGCCUGUCUCAAGUCAAAGUGUUGUUCAGAGUCCAGAGGAUGCAGAAAUUUGGAAUGGAAUAAGCCUAACUUCAAAGGUAGCACCAGGUGAAGAUUGGUGGUUUGAGGAUGUCUCUUCCCUUAGUUUGCCACUGUAUAAAAGAUUUAUGCAAGGUGCUAGUACAAGACACAUGAAACCUGAAAAAAUUGCUGGAUCCCUUGUUCACUAUGCAAAAAAGCAUAUCCCCUUAUUGGGUAGUCAAUCAAGUUUCCAGAAUGGAAACUCAUCUGGUUUUAAGUCAAAUGCUUCUUCCCCUUCUGAAGCAGAUCAAAGGAAUCUGAUUGAAGAAAUAGUGGAGUUCCUGCCAAAUGAAAAGGGCAUAACACCAACAAAGUUUCUGCUUAGGAGUCUGCGAACAGCAAUGGCUUUAUAUGCUAGUUCAUCUUGCUGUGCAAACUUAGAGAGAAGAAUUGGUGCUCAACUUGAUGAAGCAGAUCUGGAAGAUCUUUUGAUUCCAAAUAUCGGUUACUCAAUGGAGACUCUUUAUGAUAUUGACUGUGUUCAGAGAAUGCUUGAUCAUUUCAUGAUUGUAGAGCAUGAUGCUAUUGAUUCUACAUCUAAUGAUAUAGAGGAAGAGAGGCGCAUAGUUGGAGGUUCUCAAUCUCUUAGCCCAAUGGCAAAAGUGGCUAAUAUGGUGGAUGGUUAUCUAGCUGAAGUGGCACCUGAUGUAAACGUGAAGUUACCAAAAUUUCAGUCACUUGCUUCUGUAAUUCCUGAUUAUGCCAGGACCCUGGAUGAUGGUAUAUACCGUGCAAUUGAUGUAUAUCUCAAGGCUCAUUCAUGGAUGACAGACUCUGAGAAGGAACAAAUUUGCAGGCUAAUGAAUUGCCAGAAGCUGUCAUUGGAAGCAAGCACACAUGCAGCUCAGAAUGAGAGGUUGCCUCUUCGUGUUGUAGUCCAAGUUUUGUUCUUCGAACAACUGAAGCUCCGAACAUCAGUUGCUGGUUGGUUCUUUGCUUCUGACAAUCUUGAAAGCUCACAAAACCUGAGUGGAAAUCUUGCUCUGAUAAGAAAUGAUGGGAGCAUAACACAACAUAACCCCGUUUUGGCUUUUGAUAACAUGAAAGAGAGAGUGUCUGAGCUUGAGAAGGAAUGCUUGCGCAUGAAGCAAGAUUUGGAAAAAAUGAUGAAGUCCAAGGGAAGUUGGAACAUGAUUCUCAAGAAAUUGGGUUGUACCUUAAUGUCUAAGCCUUCUAAUGCCAAGGUCUCAAAGCCAUGCAGGAAGUCCAAAAUAUCACCUGCAUCGACAACACCAAUGGAAGAAAAGGCCAUGGAAGUGAAUUGA